AUGUCUUUUUUCCCAAAAAUAUCUUUCCAACGUGAAGUUGAAGAGUAUCUCACCAAAGUCUUCAGAAAUAAUGAGCUUGUCACUGCUUUAGGUACACAGGAGGUGGAGAGUAGAUAUCAAUCUCUGUUAAGUCAUCUAUCUCAUCCACCAGCUUUCACAACUGUUAGAGUUAAUACCCACUUGGCCUCAGUGAAACACGUGAAAAAAUUGCUCUUUGGAGAGAUCCAGAAGCAAUUUAAAGGACUAUGUGUUCCAGUUCUUGAGCAUCCGAAACUCCAGGACAUCUUAUUAAUUCCUGUCAUUGGACCCAGGCGAGAUUUAAAAAAACAUGCAUCUGAAGUCAUUGUUGGAGCCCAGUGUGGAUAUGCAGUACUUCGAGGAGCACACGUUUAUGUCCCUGGAAUCAUAUCAACCUCAAGAUUUAUGAAAGCUGGAGAUCUGGUCUCAGUGUAUUCAGAUAUUGAAGGGAAAUGUAAAAGAGGAGCCAAAGAAUUUGAAGGAGUCAAAGUUUUCCUUGGAAAUGGGAUUUCAGAACUGAGUCGCAGUGAAAUCUUUAGUUCAACUGGCCCAUCAAAUGGGAUGGGCGUAAGAAUGAUAGAGCCAGUCUACCUUAGUCCUUCGUUUGACAAUGUGCUCCCUAGUCAUUUGUUUUUACAGAACUUACCUUCUGUGGUUGUGAGCCAUAUUUUAAACCCUCAACCAGGAGAGAGAAUUUUGGAUAUGUGUGCUGCACCUGGAGGAAAAACAACUCAUGUUGCAACAUUAAUGCAUGACCAG